CAGUAGGCGUGGCUGCUAGUACUGUAGCCAAUCCCCUGCCUCCAUUCUGUGAUGGGCGUGUCCUUACAGUCGGUGCACAGAAACCGAGGCUAACGGGAAUAAACAACUAAGUUAGCUUGUCUGCUAGUUAGCAACUUCUGAAAUGGCGUCGUUAGCGACGGCAGAACCAGCGCUAUGCCCGGGUGCACUACCAGCAGCAGAGUCCGUAGUGCCCGCUUGUAUGUUUGCACCGGACCGGGGAUGUGUCGACGAUCCAUGCGGCGAAGAGGGCUCUGAAGACGGCGAGGGUACUAACGGCGAGUCCGCGGAUCAUCUAGACUUAAGCAGCAAGGCGGUCCUCGUGAGUCCAACAGGGGAACAGUACGAUUCAUUACUACGACACCUAAGGGAGCGGAUAGAUGAAGGCUGUGGAGAGACAAUCUAUGUGGUCGGGAUGGGUUCAGAUGGAGGUGACUACGGUCUGGACGAUAAGGACUUGGAGGCGUCGGUGGCCACGGUGAAGUCGCUAUGUGAACAGAUCGAGGCUGACCUGAUCUGGCUGAGGGAGAGGACAGACACUGGCGGAAAGAUUCAAGACUACCUCAUCCGCCGGCGUGUGGGCGAGCAGGAUUUCUUGGAAGUCAGAGUGGCGGUGGUAGGGAACGUGGACGCGGGGAAGAGCACUCUGUUGGGGGUUUUAACCCACGGUGAGCUGGACAAUGGCAGAGGAUUCGCUCGCCAGAAGCUCUUCAGACACAAACAUGAAAUGGAGAGCGGCAGGACCAGCAGUGUGGGCAACGAUAUCCUGGGCUUUGACCAGGAGGGACAGGUGGUGAACAAGCCAGACAGUCAUGGUGGCGGCCUAGACUGGACCAAGAUCUGUGAGAAAUCCUCAAAAGUCAUCACCUUCAUCGACCUGGCCGGCCACGAGAAGUACCUCAAAACCACUGUCUUCGGCAUGACUGGACACCUGCCCGACUUCUGCAUGCUCAUGGUUGGCAGUAACGCUGGCAUCGUUGGCAUGACCAAAGAGCAUCUGGGGCUGGCCCUCGCCCUCAACGUGCCUGUGUUUGUAGUGGUUACCAAGAUAGACAUGUGUCCAGCCAACAUCCUACAAGAGACGCUAAAAUUAUUACAGAGGUUAUUAAAGUCACCAGGCUGCCGGAAAAUCCCUGUGUUGGUCCAGAACAAGGAUGAUGUCAUCGUCACAGCCUCCAACUUCAGCUCUGAGAGGAUGUGUCCCAUUUUUCAAAUCUCAAAUGUGACGGGGGAGAACAUGGACCUGCUGAAGAUGUUCCUCAACCUCCUGUCCUCGAGGACCAACUUCAACAACGACGAGCCUGCUGAGUUCCAGAUAGACGACACAUACUCAGUACCGGGUGUGGGCACAGUCGUUUCAGGAACUACGUUACGUGGGAUGAUCCGACUCAACGACACACUACUCUUAGGCCCGGACCCACUGGGCACCUUCAUCCCCAUCGCUGUUAAAUCCAUCCACCGCAAGAGGAUGCCUGUCAGAGAGGUCCGCGGCGGCCAGACGGCGUCCUUCGCCCUGAAAAAGAUCAAACGUUCAUCUAUAAGGAAAGGCAUGGUGAUGGUGUCCCCGAAGCUGAUGCCACAGGCCACCUGGGAGUUUGAGGCUGAAAUUCUGGUCCUGCACCACCCCACCACGAUAUCCCCUAGAUACCAGGCCAUGGUUCACUGUGGCAGCAUCAGGCAGACAGCCACCAUCCUGACCAUGAACAGAGACUGCCUACGGACAGGGGACAAGGCCUCAGUCCACUUCCGCUUCAUCAAGACCCCCGAGUACCUGCACUGUGACCAGAAACUGGUCUUCAGGGAGGGACGCACCAAAGCUGUGGGCACCAUCACAAAGCUUCUCCAGUCAGUGAACACCCAGGCAGCUAAGGCCCAGCAGGCCAAGAUGCUGGGCAUUAAGAAGACUUCUAAAGAAGGCACGGCAGCCAAUGAGGAGGCGGGAUCAACAGCACGGCCGCCGAGUCCCAACACAACACAGCUACCGCUCAAGUCAGGAGGUGGAGGACGUAGGAGAGGCGGCCAGAGGCAUCGAGGGAAAGGCCUGAACGCUGCACCCAUCUCUACAGCCGUGCCUGCAGGAGCAGCGGGCACAGCCUAAAAAGAAAAAUUAAAAUAAACACCACCUUUAGUUUCUCCUCAUCUCCUCGACAGGGAGGGAAAGUGACAGCGUGGCCCUCUGGUGGUGUUUUACAAUGACUGACUUCAUGUGGGUGUUUUAAUAUAAAGUCAGAAUUCAACCGUUUUCAAUCAUAAGAAUUAUUUUCCACAUCAGGUCAAUUUGAUUUAUACUGGGGUUUAUUGGGCGGGUGAAGAUGUGAUGAGGUUUUAUUUAGUUAGCAAUUUUGUAGGUGACAUUAUAUAAUUUCUUCUAUUUUAAAACAAGUGUGGGGGGUGUCCAUCUUAUUUGUAGUUCAUCAGAACUUCUCUUAUAGCAUUAACUGUCUUUUUUUUUUCCCCAGCCCGCAGAGGCAACCUGUCACUUUCCCGACCCUCCACAGCCUCAUUUUGUUCUCGUCUUCUUCAUUCUACAUCCGCUGUUCACAUCCUGCUCAUAACAGCAACUUUUUCCCACAAUGGCAUCAUGGUUGAAGUCCACUUAUUACUGUGUUGAGUAGUUGAGGAGCAGUAUUUUAUUUUUUCUCAUUAUGAGAGAGUCUUGGCAGUUUGAAUUUGCAUUAAGAGUUGAUUGAACUGAAAGGGAAUUGAUGCCAACCUAAUGUGUGUUCAUGUUCUGUGACGAGACGAGCAGAUGUGAUGUCAGUUUACCCGACUGUUCUGUUGGAUGGUACUAAAAGUUCCCUGAAAAAUCGCCCUCUGAGGAUUUGCUUCACUGGUGCAACAGUUGUUUGGGUUUGGAGGCCUGUGUUGCCAGUUUCCUCUCGUGAACUCGUGGCCACUUAACCGCUCUGUUCACCUGUCAUGUAACAUCCCCUCGCAGAUGAAGAGCAGCAGCCUCUCAUCCGUUUGAUCUCCCACGGCUCAACUUUAAUCCUGUUAUAGAAAAGGUCAUUUUAUCAUCGUUCUCCCACCUAUUUUUUUUUUUAGCCAGUGUUGCAGUUUUACAACAUGCUGUUCACGCAGCCGAGAGUAAAGAGAUCCAAAAUACCCUCGUCCCCCCACAAAAAAAGCAAAAAAUUGCUUUGUCAUGUUGUGCAAGCUGUUGUGAAGUCACCAGGUCUGUUUUCUAGGAAUUCUCUUCUGCCAAUGAGGCAUAAGCACACAUUUCUGUUUUGAUACAACAAAAAUCCAGAAGAUGAUACUCUUGUCCACUGUUUUUUACUGCUUUAAUGCAAAAAAAAAAAACUCAAACAUGUUUCACACCUUUAAAUGUCAAAAAGCCAAGUAAGAACAUAUUUAAGUCUGCACAUUGUCUUUGUACUCUAAAUUAAUGUGAAUGUGGCCUCAAAAAUUUCUAACCUGCGCAGGUCAACUACUGACGAGUGUCGAGUUUACUUUCAUACGAUAAGAGAAAACGUUUUUGGAUUAUUCGAUUUGUAGAUAUUUGUACCUGAUUCGGUUUUGACUUCACUCACCAGAUAAACCAUGACACAGAAACAUUGUAGUGUUGCUGAAGAGAACUAAUACACAUCAUUUCAUAUUGUCUCUAACAAGAUAAUCUAAAUUAAACCACUGAUCACAAUUGAACUAAACUCAAAUUGACUCGCCACAUUUUGUUACAGUUUAAUUCCUGGUGUUGGGUUCAUAUUUGAAGGAUAACUACGUGGUUUUAUUGCCUCACAGUGAGACGGCUGUUUUCUCCUUCCUGCCUCGUCCGACUCACUGAACUGUCAGAAUAUUUCCCCCUUUUUUGUUUCGUUGACAUUUUGUUUUACUCGCAAGUUGUGUUCCUGAAGGGAUGCAGGAUUUAUGUGCGUAUGUAUGCAAAAAAAAAAAAAAACUGAGGGUGGAAAAAAAGAUGCCAUUUAAAUUAAGUGCUGCCAGUUUGUGUUGUAAAUCCUUUUAAAUAAAGAUGUUAUAGAAAACUGA